GGGAGUUCCGAGUGCCGGCCGGCCAGCGGACACAGUGGCAGUGGCGGUCGCCGCAGCAGCAGAGACAGGGUUUGUGGUGCGAUAGUGGCAGUAGGGAAGGGUGUGGUGUCACAGAGGAGAGCGCUUUGUUAUAGCGCACGGCGGGGUAUCACAGCGGAGGGCGAGGUGUAUGUAUCAGAACAGCAGUGAACGCAUCGACAGUGCGCGGCGAAGGGCGUUAGCUAGAUGGUAAUGGGCAGAUGAACUAGUGUUUUGUCACAUUCUAGCUGAAGGCACUGUCUUGGGUCCAGUGAUUGACGCCGCCGGCAACUGAGGACAACGUCAGUCAGCGACGCAGCACCGAACACAAGUCAGCAGUAUCAGCAGCACGAGAUGCCAGGUCCCUGUGGUCGCCAUCUGCACCUGUUGGUGGUGUUUCUGCUGGGCUUCAGCUCUGUUCAGGAGGCACGGGCCCAGCUCUCAGCCAACGCUACAGAACCACCACUGGAGGAGAGCGUCUGGAUGGAGGUGGAGGACGGCACCUUGGAGAUUAGGGAUUUCUCCGGUCCUGUCCUCCCGCCGCCGCCGCUAUUUGAACAGGGGACAGCCCUACGCAUCAUCGACAGCACCUUCGACGCGAUCCCCGAGGCCACGUUCCCGAUGUACUCGAAUGUGAGUAACGCCACGUUAGAACUGACCAACACAACCAUUGGCGAAUGGGGCGCCAACGACAUGAAGUCGUUCACCAGCAUCACCAUCACCAACUGCACCAUCCGACAGCUGGGCCACAGGGCCGUCCAGUACAUGUCCGGCUUGGCAUGGGACUGUCGGCAACAGGACCCAGAGCGCGGUAUCGCCGUCACCUUCAGCGGCACCACCAUCCAGUGGGUGGACCGGGGCGGCGUGAUGCUGGACGGGCGGCGCGCCCUGCUGCACAUCACCGACAGCACGCUGGGCGCGCUCGAGACGCACGCCUUCCAGCUGGGACUGGUCACGGAGCUCCGGCUCGAGGACACCAUCGUCGGCGCGCUGGCCGUCGACCCAUUCUGCCGCGUCUGCUCCAGCUGGGUGACACUUGAGCACAACCAGUUCCUGCACGUGCCGCCACACGCGCUCCACUUCGGCUCGUCAGCCUGCGCGCCCAGUCGCGGAAACCCCCACUGCGAGGUGCUGUACUCCCACAAGCGCCAGGUGGCUGUGAACGGCACGCGGCUGUCGUGUGCGCAGCUGGGCUGGCUGCGGGAGGCGCUGAGACUCUGUGGCGUCCUUUCCGAGCACACCAGCAAAGACUACCGCCAGUUCGGGGACUCGUCACACUGCAGCGACCGCAACGAGAGCGUGUCCAGUUUCCUGCUCAGAGAGCCGGCGCCGCGGCCGGGACCCGAGCCCAGCGGCGGCUGGUGCUACCACGAGGGCACCAUCGCCGGCGUGGCCACGGCGCUAGCGGUCGGCUUCCUGGCGGUGGGCUUCCUCGCCGCGAGGUGCCUGCCGUGGGGUCGCCCAGCCGGCACGUUCUGCUCCCGUCGGGCCGACUCGUGCGACAUACAGGAGACAGAUGAUAAGGGGAUCAGCCUGCCGCUGCAGCCGACCGGCACAGCGGAGCCGAAAGCCAAAGCCGCCGACUCCACAGACGUGCCUAGCAGGUCAGCCGACGGCCGGUACGCGGCCUACCCAGUCCAGACUCCCUCCCGUCAGGCAGCGACCGGCACGCCGCAGCAGCAGCGGGGUCGGUUCCUGCCGAGCCCUGCCCCGGAUCCGGCGGCGCAGCCAGCCAGACAGCGCAGUCCCCGACCCACGCGGCCCGCUAAGGACCGGCAGGCGCCACCCAGUCGGGAGCAGCCGCGACGGGAGCCGAGACGGGCUGCUGCCCAGCCGCCCUCCGCGGCCGAACCGGUCUACGAGAACCAAGACAAGUGGCUGGGGGGCGACCAAGAGCCGGUCUACGCCAACCAGCAGUGGCCAGUCACAGAGGACGAGCCCGGAACAGCCAGGCACAUCUACGGAAACCUGCACAACACGCAAAUAUAAUAGACUCGAGGUUAAGAUUGAGAUAAGGUGGAGGAACUGCGUGCAUGAUCGCAGCAGUUCAGCUAGCUUAUUUGAAGUUAAUUAGGACUAGCCAAUCGCCCAGCAGUCAGAGUGACCAGGCCGUCCGAUAAAAGCCAGAUAGCGGAUGAUGACCAAAACACGUCGUCACUGCGCUCGCUGAUCAAGAUCCAGAGCACUCCGAAAACCGCAUAAGGGUACAUACGCAAACUUAUAGGUAGUCUAAAACUUUCGAAGAAUUAUCUUAAAAUGAAUGACGCAGAGCAUUCGAUUGCUUUCCUGGAUUCCCAGUCAGUCACUGUUUUCUACAUAGAAGUGCGGCGCUAGUGCGAUGCAGGCGAGGACAGAACGCUUUUGAGCAAUGGACCUACCCUGUUGGUAAAGGUGACUGUGUGCAGACAUAUUGGUGAGGCCAACGAGCGGCAAUGGUGUGAAAAGGUGGCAGGAUAAAAGUGAUCGGCACGAGUGAAAGUGAACACGCGUUUAGAUCGGAGCGUGCUGAGUGCUGACCAGUCCCUCAUGGUGCCAACCAGUCGAGUCAAUCGAGCAAAAUGGAGCACAUACAAUGCAUUGCGCCAAGGCUCGGUGCUCCGCUCUCGUUUUGUUGUCACAGUUGGACAAUGAAGUCACAAGCUUCACGGGAGGCGGCGUUUCGAUGCCACGAUGUCACAUGGCAUGUGGGUGCGAGUAUGGGUGCGUGCGUUUUGUUCAGUGUGAGGUGACUGCCACAUAUGUAACAUAUAGUUAAUGGGGUGGAAAAGAGUUGUUGUCGUUUGAAUACACGAUAUUCGUUGUAA